UUAAUUAAAAAAAUUUAGAAUCAAAAAGCAAAAAAAUAUCUUAGAAAAAUGUAAACCUUAAGGGAUAAAGAAGUAAAAUAUCAAGGAAAUUGGAAUGACUUUUUCCUUAACGCUAACAAAUAAUAACUCGCAAGCAACUAGUAGAAUUAGAGAUAAAAUAAUUUUUCCUCCUAAAAUUAAAAUCAAAUUUAAGAAGUUUCAAAAAGUUAAAAUUGGAAUGGUGAGUACUCCUAUGUUGAAAUCAAUUAAAUAUCCAUUCCAAUGCAAGCCAUUUAAGAAGUUUAAUAAGAAGUAGAUAAUCACAUAAAUAUAUCUUCUUUAAAACAAUAAUUCUUAGACAAGAUGCACUAAGAUUUUGUGAAUAAGAAUUUUUAAAUAUUUAAAAAAAUCAACUCACCACUUAAUAACAAAAAUAUAGAUAAUAAUUAAUUGGAGAAGAAUAUCCAAAAUAAAGCAGUUGAUUCAAAUCCUUCUUUAAAAAUCCUCAUUGAAAAUAAUAACAAAUUAUUUUAAUAAAAUCCUUAUUUAUAGACAUAAGAUGAUGAUGAUGUUAAAUCUGAUUUUUCAGCUAGAGAAAGUUUAAUUUAGAGAUAUGAAGUCAUUAAUAAAAACUUUUCAGCUUAAAAGGCUGAUGAAUUUAAAUAAUUUGUUAAUAAUAUAUUUGGUAAAAAUAGUAAGUAGAUAAUUUAGCUUUAUGUUGACAUAAAAGAAGAAUAUAUGAAAAAAAUAGAAAUGAAAAAAGCACCAAAUAAAAAUAAGUACAUCUAAAACUUGUUUAGAUUUGAGGACUACAUGUAUGAUAGAAAACUUAUAGAAGAAAUAUUAAAUAGCAUUUAUAGAUUUGGAGUGGAUAGAUGCGAAAUCUAGAAAAAUUAUAACUAAAUAAUAAUGUCUGAAACUCUUGAAAUUACUUUCUAAGAAAGGAAAACUUUGAAAACUAUCAUAUACUCAAUUUUGCAUCAUAAUCUUUGCAAAUAAGAUUAAAAGUUAGCUAAAUAAUAUAUCUACAGAAAUUUAGCCCAUAUUAGAAAAGAAAGUUAUAUCCUAAGAUAAAUAUUCUUACAUUUCUUGUAAAUAAUAAUAAUCAAUUCUGAUCAUAGUAAAUAAACUACUGAAUUUUUAGAUAAUAUCUUUAAAUUUGAGUUCUUGUCUUCUUUACUAUGUGAUUAUCUUUUACUUUCUGCCAAAAUUAUUCUGAAAAUAAAAAAUAAAAAAUAUUAAAAUCUUGAUCUUUAUGCUUUAAUAGAUUAACUUUCAAAAGCAAAUAAUUUUAAUUUAUAUUUGUUGAGCUAGAAAUAGGCUGAAUGUAAAAAAUACUUGUAUGCUAAGCUCGAACUUCGCGAAAUAUUUAUCUAUUUUGAGCAAUCUUUACAAUAAGAUUAAAAUUUGCCAGUAUAUUAUGUAAUUAAUCCUAAUGAUUAAUUAAUUUGUUUAGCAAAUAGAGCUUUUUGA